CAGCCGACUAUUUUCGGCGGGAAGUAAGAAGAGACACUUCACUUUACAAUCACACUCCUCUUAGGACUUGCGGUGGAACGCAACUUCCUGGAUACUACUGAUUCCCAGGGGGUGUGACCUUACUGUCCAAUUGCAGUUUAGUGGCCGGCAGAAUGGCUUCCCCACAUGCCUCUGCUGCUAGUACUUUGCAGUUCCACACUGCACCCCUGGCGUCGGGUCAUAUUCCCGGCUCCCCACAUUCCGUCCAUGUUCUUAUGGAGGGGUAUUGCAGAGACGCGGGAGGGGACCUGUUCCAGGCAGACGGCUCAGUCACGCUCAUACGGGGACCCCUGACGGUGCUGGUUGACACUGCAGGACCGUGGUCCCGUGAUGCCCUUCUUCAGUCGCUUCGGGAUCAUGGUGUAGCGCCCACUGACGUCACCCAUGUGAUCUGCACCCAUGGACACUCUGACCACGUGGGGAACCUUAACCUUUUCCCUCGGGCGGAGAUCGUGGUGUCCUAUGACCUGUGGCGUGGCGGUUACUAUGUCGCUCACGACUUCCGUGGCGGAGCCCCCUACAUGCUGCUGGGCGGAGAAGGGCUGAAAGUGGUGGCUACUCCUGGUCACACCGGCAGCGAUACCUCCCUCCUUGUCCCUGGCACCUCUCUAGGGACUGUCGUAGUGGCCGGAGACCUUUUUGAGCGGGAAGGAGAUGAGGACAGUUGGCGCCAGUUGAGCGAAGACCCCCAGAGGCAGGAGGCCAGUAGAGCGGCCAUGCUAAAGCUGGCAGAUGUCAUAAUACCAGGACAUGGACCGCCAUUUAGGGUCAUAAAGCACGGACAGCAUACAUAAACUAGAUACACAGGGCCAUAUUUAUUGUAGGGACAGUAAGGAUACUGAAGGGGGUAUACUGAUACCCAGGCUGGGACAGUAAGGAUACUGUAGGGGGUAUACUGAUA